AUGGCGGGGAACGACUGCGGUGCGCUGCUGGACGAAGAGCUCUCCUCCUUCUUCCUCAACUAUCUCGCAGACACACAGGUUGGAGGGUCUGGGGAAGAGCAACUCUGUGCUGACUUUCCAGAGCUCGACCUCUCCCAGCUGGAUGCCAGUGACUUCGACUCGACCACCUGCUUCGGGGAGCUGCAGUGGUGCCCGGAGAACUCUGAGACAGAACCCAACCAGUACAGCCCCGAUGACUCCGAGCUCUUCCAGAUCAUCGACAGUGAGAAUGAGGCCCUCCUGGCAGAACUCACCAAGACCCUGGACGACAUCCCCGAAGAUGACGUGGGUCUGGCUGCCUUCCCGGCCCUGGACGGUGGCGACACACCCUCCUCAGCUUCACCUGCCCCCUCGUCUGCGCCCCCCAGCCCCUCCCUGGAGACGCCCCUGGCCCCAACCCCUGAGGAGGAUGAGCUCUCACUGCUGCAGAAGCUGCUCCUUGCCACAUCCUCCCUGACGCCAAGCUCUGACAUCCAGAAGGAAGGGAACACCUGGCGGCUGGCAGGCCCAAGGUCCAAAAGUCAGCGGCCUUGUGUUAAGAUGGACAGCACCCAAGACAAGAAGACCCCCUUGAUGCAGUCUCAGAGUCGGAGCUGUACAGAACUGCAUAAGCACCUCACCUCGAUGCAGUCCUGCCCCCAGGCUAAAGCUUGCUCCCCAGAGAGGGGUCUGCAGCCACCACCACCCCUGAGUCCCUGGCUCCCUGCCAGGGAGGACGAGGAGCCGGGUGAGGACUGCCCGAGCCCCCGGCCAGCCCCAGCCUCUCCCCGGGACUCCCCAGCGCCAGGCAGGGCAGGCCCCAGUGCCCAGGUUUCCCAGGAGGACAUGCAGGCAAUGGUGCAGCUAAUUCGCUACAUGCACACCUACUGCCUCCCCCAGAGGAAGCUGCCCUCACAGACCCCAGAGCCCACUCCCCAGCCCUGCAGCAGCCCCUCCAAGCAGGUCAGAGCCCGGCCCCAGUCCCGGCACCCCUCCAAAGCAUCCUGGGCUGAGUUCUCCAUCCUGAGGGAACUUCUGGCUCAAGAUGUUCUCUGUGAUGUCAGCAAACCCUACCGCCUGGCCACGCCUGUCUACGCCUCCCUCACUCCCCGGCCGAGGCCCAGGCACCCCAAGGACAGCCAGGCCUCCCCUGGCCACCCAUCUCCGGUGGAGGAGGUGAAGAUCGCAGCUUCACCCAAGAGCAUGGGGCCCAGACCGAGCCUGCGUCCGCUGCGGCUGGAGGUGAAAGGGGAUGCCCACCGGUCUGCCAGGCUGCAGCAGGAAGAGGAGGAAGACGAGGAGGAAGAAGAGGAAGAGGAGGAGGAAGAAAAGGAGGAGGAAGAGGAGGAGUGGGGCAGGAAAAGGCCAGUCCGAGGCCUACCGUGGACCAAGCUGGGCAGGAAGCUAGAGAGCUCUGUGUGCCCCGUGCGGCGUUCGAGGAGGCUGAACCCUGAGCUGGGCCCCUGGCUGACAUUCACUGAUGAAUGCCUGGUCCCUGCAGAGCCCCAAGGUGCUCUGCCCUCACUGUGCCUGGCUCCCGAUGCCUACGACAUGGAGGGGGAGCUGAGCAGCCCCACGGAUGAGGACAGUGGCCAAGACCAGCAGCUCCUGCGGGGACCCCAGAUCCCGGCUCUGGAGAGCCCCUGCGAGAGUGGGUGUGGGGAUACGGAUGAGGACCCCAGCUGCCCACGGCUCCCUUCCAGAGACUCUUCUAGGUGCCUCAUGCUGUCCUGGUCACAAAGCGACCCUCCUUUUGGCAAGAAGAGCUUCGAGCAGACCUUGACAGUGGAGCUCUGUGGCACAGCAGGACUCACCCCACCAACCACGCCCCCCUACAAGCCCACAGAGGAGGAUCCCUUCAAGCCUGACAUCAAGCACAGCCCGGGAAAAGACAUAGCUCUCCGCCUCCCCGCCUCUGAAGGCCUCCAGCUUGGAGCCGCCACAGGGGCUGCCCACAAGCUGCCAAGGAAGCACCCAGAGCGUAGCGAGCUCCUGUCCCACCUACGGCACGCUGCAGCCCCACCGCCCUCCCAGGCUGGCCAGAAGCGUCCCUUCUCCUGUUCCUUUGGUGACCACGACUACUGCCAGGUGCUCAAGCCAGAGGGCGCCCUGCAGAGGAAGGUGCUGAGGUCCUGGGAGCCAUCUGGGGUGCACCUUGAGGACUGGUCCCAGCAAGGUGCCCCACAGGCUGAGGCGCUGGCCUGUGUCAGGGAGGACAACAGGAGCUGUGAUGCCAACACCCCCACCAAGGACAGUGUGCUGCUAAGAGACCACGAGAUCCGUGCCAGCCUCACCAAGCACUUUGGGCUCCUGGAGAGCGCGCUGGAGGAUGAAGACGUGGCCUCGUGCAAGAGCCCUGAGUACGACACCGUCUUUGAGGACAGUAGCAGCAGCAGCAGUGAGAGCAGCUUCUUCCUGGAGGAGGAGGACAAUGAGGAGGACUCAGGGGCCAGCCCCCCACGCUCUGACCACUGCCCCUACCAGAGCCUACCAAGCAAGGCCAGUCGGCAGCUCUGUUCUCGAAGCCGCUCCAGCUCCGGCUCCUCCUCCUGCCGCUCCCGGUCACCAGCCACCCGGAGGAACUUCAGAUGUGAGAGCAGAGGGCCGUGUUCAGACGGAACACCAAGCGUCCGGCUUGCCAGGAAGCAGCGGGAAAAGGCCAUUGGCGAAGGCCGGGUCGUGUAUGUUCGAAAUCUCUCCAGCGACAUGAGCUCCCGUGAGCUGAAGAGGCGCUUUGAGGAGUUUGGUGAAAUUGUAGAGUGCCAGGUGCUGACGAGAAGCAAGAGAGGCGAGAAGUAUGGCUUCAUCACCUAUCGGUGUUCUGAGCACGCCGCCCUUUCUGUGAGGAAUGGCGCUGCCCUGAGGAAGCGCAAUGAGCCCUCCUUCCAGCUGAGCUAUGGAGGGCUCCAGCACUUCUGCUGGCCCAGAUACACUGACUACGAUUCCAAUUCAGAAGAGGCCCUUCCCACGUCAGUGAAAAACAAGUAUGAAGCCAUGGAUUUUGACAGCUUACUGAAGGAGGCCCAGCAGAGCCUGCAUUGAUAACAGCCUUAACCUUCGAGGAAUACCUCAAUACCUCAGACAAGGCCCUUCCAAUAUGUUUACGUUUUCAAAGAAAUUAAGUAUAUGAGAAGGAGAGAGAGAGAGCGAGCGCACGAGAACACACGUGAGAGACAGACUUGAAACUGCUGUCCCUUUAAAAAAAAAUUCAAUGUUUACAUUGAACAAAGCUGCUUCUGUCCAUGAGUUUCCAAGGUGUUGACGUUCCACUGCCACAUUAGUGUCCUUGCUUCCGAUGGGUUGUCCUGGGUGCCCCUCUAAGUGCUGGGUCAGUCACCCAUUUCCCCUUCCUUCCCAACUGACUUCCCCUUGUAGACUUGCAGCUGCGUUCCCCAUAACAUUUCUUGUCUGUAGUGUGAUGAUGAAAUUGUUACUUGUGAAUAGAAUCAGGAUUAUAAACUCAUUUUUAAUUGAAGAAAAAAAAGUAUAUCCUUAAAAUAAUGUAUUUAUGGCUCAGAAGUCUGUGCCUGGGAUUAUUGUAUUGCUUCCUUGAUUUCUUAACUAUGCACUGUCAUGAGGUGUUUGCCACUGAGCUGUUCUGCUCCCCUUGCCAGACUGCCCUAGAGAUGUAGGCUGGUUGCCAGGGCAAACGCAGCCUACAGCCACACUUAGGAGCAGUGGAGAGAGCUUUCCUGGCCUUUUCCAUUAACCCAUGCCAAGCCCCGCCCUGUCUCUUACUAAGCAAGUUCAGGUCAAAUUACAAUCAGAGUCGCCAUCUUGUGCCCAGCUCACAUUUACAGAAUGUGUUCUUGUCCGUUAGCACUGCAGACCCUCAUGUACCUUGUAAGGAAGGCAGGGCGAGCUGUGUUACUGCAGUUCUCCAGGUGAGGAAGGCAGCGUGAGCUGUGUUACUCGGUUCUCCAGGUGAGGAAAGCAGUGUGCCGAGAGGUGAAAUGACUUGCCCAAGGUCCCACAGCCAGGGAGAGGGCAAGUGCUAACUCAGGCCAAGUUUCCUGACUCCUGGCACUGUGCUUCUGUAGGUACUGGGGUAAAGAAGCAAAGUUUCAGGGAUAGGUAGAAGUGAGUUCAGCAAAAUUGGGCAACAGACUAGAAGCCUAAGGGCUCAUUUUGGGGGUUUAAGUCAACAGCUGACUCCCCAGCCUUAGAAUUCAAACUCUGGUGCGUAUCCUGGGCUUACCAUCACCUUUGAUCCUGAGUUGUCCUGUGGUUUGCCUGAGCCUGUGGACAUUCCAUCAAAGCUUCUGAGACAUCCCUGGCAGUGGUACAAUCUGGGAGCAACCAUUCUUUUUUGGUCAGCCAACCAACCUAUCCGUCAUCUUUACCCUUCGUCAUUUGUAAAACUGUUUAGGGGAAGAGGGACAGACAGGGUAAGCCAGAAUGGGGGGAAGGAUGGAAAAACAACCACCAAAUUCCCUUCGAAGUUAGAAAGCAUUCUAAUUGGGCUUUACUUUAAACUUUGUGUUUGUGAGUGAUGUCAAAGCCAUGUCCAAGUUGGAUGUUAAUGCAGGUGCCUUGGGGGCUGUUCAUGAAGGAGAGCAUGGCCAGGUGUGGCCAUUACUUCUGCUUCAGACAGAGCAGCCCCUCCUACAUCUCUCACACAUCAGGGUUCCUUGGGGAGUUUUUGCAUUAAAAAGGAAGAAAAAAAGGUCCUGCUGCUUGCAAAAACCUUGAAAGUGACUCGUUAAACUGAACAAGCUAAUUUAAUCUAUUGCUAAUGUCAUGUCUAAUCCUUUAGGAAUUAUUGUUUUGUUUUGUUUUUUAAGAUUAUCAAAUACCUCAGUGGGUGAGCUAGGCUGAUGAUCUUUGUCCAGGAUGGUAAACAUACUCCAAGUCCACAAAGAAAGCUUUAGAAGGAAUAGGGAAUUUGAAUCUUGUGUGUCAAAUCACUUGAUCUCUCUGGGCCUCAGUUUCGUUUUCAAUGAAAUAAAUUGAGGGGGGAAUAAGGCAGGUUGAUUUCUAAGAUCCCUUCCUGUCAGCUCUAAGAGUCUUAGUUUGUUCUGCUAAGGCAGUGUCUAGUUCAAGAUAGCAAAUGCAUGGCACAUCUUCAUCAGUGGCAGACAUAACUAAAGGAUCACAGCACUCAUGUUCUUUGAGUCUGGACGUGUUAGAAUCCUCAACACGGUGGUCUGGGCAGUCAUUACCAAUUGAUCUGAGUUUAACCUCUUUGACAUCCUGGUCUGAUUUUUGAAAGGCUUCCAUCACACAAAACCAUGUUCUAACUGGGUUUUAGCCGUCCACAAGUCUAACUCAUCCUUGUCUGCCGUGUCCUUAUCUAUGAGAGAAAGUUUCCCUAAGGCCAUUCCUUGCACAGGAGUCCCAAUAUCAUUGUCACACACCUUCAUGGUGGUGAGAGAAGGGGGAGAGAAGCAGCAGACCUGGACAUGUUUGGGGAAGGCAGGGCUUAUGAGGAUGGACCAAAAAGGGAUUUUCCACAAUACAUACGUGAACAUUCUCUUAUUCCUGUUCACUGUCUAGGACACAGUAGGCACACAAUAAACGCUUAUGGAACGGAGUAGAAAAGAAUUUAAAUCCUUCUUCUGCCUCCUGUAGGUCCUGAGUUGGGGCAAGGAGUAAACUGAGAUUUAACCCCAUGGAUACCAGUAGGAAAAGGCACUAGAUUAAGAGUCUAGAGAGCUAGGUUGAGUCCUGACUCCACCAAGAACUUACUUUGUGACCUUUGAUAAGUCCCUUCCCCUCUCUGGCGUCUCAGUGUGCUAGAAGGUGUUGGACUAGAUGAUGACUAAGCCCCUCUUAUUUGCUUCUUCCUUGAUUGCACUAGGCCAAGGGUUCUACAUGGACUGGUGGUACUUUAGAGUAAAGAAAUGCAGAUCUUUGAUAGAGGCCAAGUCUCCCCUUCCCCUUCUGAGUCAGCUGAAGCUUCCCUUUAACUUCAGAUUAACACAGGGCACUCUAAGUUACUUAGACAUUGGCCCUUGAGCAGAGCAGAAGACCUGAGUAUGGCAUUGGGACAUGAUGUGUUUAAGGUCAGGGCUGCGGCCGCUGAUGGGACAGGAUGCCACUAAGGGCAUCACGUAGUUUCUGUUUGCCAUCUCAUACAUAAAAGGCUACAAGUUCUCAAAUUGACCAACCCUGCAGACAGUCUCAAUUCGGAAGACUCAUUCGGUGCUGUGUAUUAUUUACCAAGGAGACUCCAAGGUCUCCCCAGGAAAACCAGUCAACCUUGGUCUCUUUCCCACCAAAUCGAGGAGCAACCCAGAGGGAGCAGCUGCCUUUGGCAACCAUCUCAUUGUAGCUCUGUCCUAGUAUUUGCUCUUGAUGAUGUUUACAUGUGAUUGCCAUAAAAGCUUACUGUAGACUGUGUCGAUAGCUGCCCACACCAGGCAGGUUGUACUGUCCAUCUCUGUGCCGUGCUGGUGUUUUCCAAAAAUGUCUGAUCCAACCGCCAAGUGGAAUUCUUCCAUCUCCUUCCGCAGUCUAUACAAGGCUGAAUCAGAAUCCUCAGUCUUGAGGGCUCUGGUUACCGAAGGAAAAUGCAUCAAAGAGGUGAAGAAUAUGAGUGGAUGGAGUGUAGCUAAGGCUCCCACACCCCUUACCCCGUCACACCCUGCCCCCCAGCCAGAAAACCCACUUCUUGCAAGUCUGAAUCGCCUUGAGAUCUCGCAGCGUUGUGUGUCAUAGGGGCUCGGGAGACAGGCAGGACUUCGAGAUGGGGAAUGUGCUGAACUGCAAAGACUCAGGACUCAAGUCCUGACAUGGGAAGAGAUGCAGUAAGAAGUUUUGCAUUGCCUAAAGCCUGUGCUUUUUGAUUUUUGAGAGCAAUUUCUCCUAGACUUGUGCAAUGUACCUGCAGAGAAAGCUGUGCAGGUGGUGGGUGGAGGGGGCAGGGAAGGGCGUCAGCAGCCAGGUCCAUGGCCCAGUCCAGGCCUCGAGGUCAGUUGAAAUCCCUACUGAGCCUGCAGCCUGAGAAGCAAGUCAUUCUAACUGUGAAGCAGAGUCAGCCCUCGAGGAUUUGUUGAUCUGAUUCACUGAGGUCAAAAUUGCAGUAUUUUUCUUUGCACCUGAGAUUUAGCAGCUGCCCUCACUUUGGGGGAACCCCGUAUCCCAGCAUCAGAUAUGACCAAAGAAAGGAAUUGGAUGGAUGUACAGUAGCAUAUAAAGUGAACCUGGGUGGUACAAAUGGUUAAUGUGCUCAGCUGCUAACCUGAAGGUUGGAGGUUCGAGUCUACCCAGAGGCAGCUCAGGAGAAAGGUCUGACAAUCUACUUCUGAAAAAUCAACUACUGAAAACCCUAUGGAGUGCAGUUUUACUCUGACGCACAUGGGGGCACCAUGAGUUGGAGUCAGCUCAAGGUCAUCUGGUUUCUAAUGGCUUCCUUGGUCAGAGAAAAGGGACCCCUUGACCCCUUCACACCUGGGCAGAGGGAACAGAUUAGUACUGAAGUGUAAUAUGUUAAAGCUAGUUCCCAAGUCCCCAGGGUGUUUGCACACACAGAUGGGCUCCAGGGCAAUUUGCUGAGUCUGGAGGUACAGGGUAAGUGUAGGAAGAACAAGGGAGCUGGGAGAUCCACUGCACAGAAAUGCCCUCAACCCAACAGACAAUGGGUGGGGGAGCCCCAGGGAGCUGCUGCAGGAAGUAGACAGAGGCAGACUUUGCAUUGAACCAGUACAAGCACUUUGAGAAAUACGUACCACCUCAGCCUGGUUCUGUGUCUCUACACUGGCAAAUAUGGUUCUCCUUUGGUUGUGCGUAGUCCACUCCCAGGGAUUGGGAGAGGGUGUUCGGCAGGGGUCUAGUGUGUAUGCUGGGAGGAAGGGGGAUUCAGAGAUGCCUUCCAAGAUGACAGCAGCAGGAGAGCUGAUCCUCGAGCCAGCCCCCUGCUGAUCUCUUUGUUGAGGGCCUUAGAAACAGGGUUUAGAUCUUGGUACACACUUUUGUAAUAAAAAUAGCCCUGCCAACUGGAUUGGGUUUGUAGGGCAAAUCAUUUAACUGUAAGCCAUCUCAGAGUGAAAAACCCCAAUGCAAAGGGAUUUGUUCCUGUAUUUACUGUGUAACCUUGGACCUCAGUUUCCUCAUCUAGCAAAUUACAAUGUUGAUUGGGGUGAACGCUAAAGUCCCUUCCACUUCUGAUAAGCUCAGAUUCCCAUCCUAGCCAUCGCUAGCCCGUUAAACCAAUUUCAUACUCUGGCCGUGCCCAGCUCACGUUCAGGGUGAGAGUUCUCUGCAAGGUAACCAACAGCAGCAGAUUCGAAUGCACACGGUUCUGGCUGAAUUACCUUAUAUGAGGAGGCUGUCUCCCCCGGACAGAUCUAAGCCAUAGUUCCUAGUGGGGAUGGUGAGAUGUUAAACCUCAGCUUGGCUAGGUGGCGAUGUCGAAUCUCACGUUAGCCUUGUCAUCAUCCCUACUGAACAUCUUUUAAUCCGAAUGUUGGGACCACUUGGCUGUAUCUCUCUUGCUCUCAGACCAGACUAGCAAUACACUUGUUUUUUCAAAACAGCUUAACUUAGGAACUUUUCACACAUUUCUUUUCAAAUGAUUGUAAAGCAUAUGGGGCAACAGGAGGCAUCGAUCAUACUGCAUAUGUUUAGGGCAGCUUGUGUUUUUUGUUUCUUUAAUGGUAUAGCAGCAGUGACUGAGGUUUCAGGAUUUGGAGAAACUUUCGAUUUUCCAUUUCAUCUGAAUGCCUUUCACAUCCAGAGGCAGCAUCGAAUCCAACUGCCCAAAUUUGGGGCUUGGAAAAUACGGUCUUUAUAGGUGGUCAGGCCCUGGUCUGUGCAACAGUCCUCAAAGAGGCGUUUAUAUAGCUAGCACCCCCUCUGUGCUGUUCUUGGUGUCAAAGGAUCCUCCAAGGAAGCCUAAAAGAGCCUCCUGUUUUCGCUUUUCCAGCCUUGCUCUCUGGUUACUUGUGAAGGGGAUUGGUCAGUUCCCACCUCAGCACUUUGCCUUAUCAACAUCUAAUCGCCAUCUAGUGGCCAAAGAUUGUAUCUACCAGCUACCCAGAUGGAAGGCAAAUAAAUCCUUUCCGCCAUCUUGCUGUCCAACACUAUCUUUGGGAAUGAUGUAUAAUGGCAUAAGUGCAGCUGUCUGUGUGUUCAGAGCCCAGUGUAACACUAGGGUUAGAAGACUCCAGAAGCAACCACUUAAACUCUCACACAGACUGAGAAAUGCACUAACUAUCCUGUGAGCAGAGGAGACAGGAGUGGACCCUCGUGUCCAGGUGACCAGGAGGGGUUUACUGUAACUGCAAUACUGGCAGCCCAGCCGCUGCCCUUGUUAAGUGAACCUCUGCUAGGUGGCCAGCACUAUACCCUCUGGACAAGCCAAGAGGUGAGAAUUCUGUGGGGAGCCUGGCUAUGGCCUUUGAUAUGGUCCACUGAAUAGCCAAACAGGUUUUUUUGUUUGUCUUUUGUAUUUAAAAAAUCUUGUCAAAUAUGUUUUUGUGUUAGGAAUAAAAAGUCAUAAACUAUUCCCAACUUCGUUUCUUGAGGGAUGUUGUGAUUCCAGUGGAAACAAGUUGGAAAUCUCAAGGGGAGCAUGGUCAGGGUUGAAGCGGAGCAGGGAGGAGGACCACUUGAAUUUCCAGAUGGUUUCUGGGGAAAAUGACCAUCCAGAAGUCCAGCUCAGUGCAAUCUGCUUUGGAAAUUCGCACACACACACACACACACACCCCACCUCCUUGUGCCACGAUGCUAGCAUUGGCUUUGAGCGUCUGCUUCUCCCAGGGGCAGCUGCUCAUGUUGAAACCAAUGCAAGAUCCCUCUCCCCAACCCCAGAUUUCUAGAGAGAUGGUGUCUGUAGCUAGCCUUAAUAGACGGGGCAAGGUGAUCCCUAUGGUCCCUUCCGGCUUUUCCAAAACUUGGACUGAAAUCCUUUUCUCUCAGUGUGACCGUGCAGCCUAGAGAAUUCUGAGCAAUAGGGAGCCAGGGCUGUCCCCGGCUCUGUGACAGGGUCAAACCAGGGAAUGGCUAAACUUAUGAGGUUUUGGCAUCCCCAGGGGUACUGCCGUAGGGGGCAUUAUUUAUUAGGAAGCUCAACAAGGCAACUACAGCCUGGGGUGCAUGAAUGUAAGGCUGUGUGUGUGUGUAUGUGCAUGUGUGUCUGUGUUUGUGUGUGUGUGGAAUUACAUUGAUGCAUUUCUUGAGAAAGGUGCAAGAAUUUCACCUACACAGAGGGACACAUCUGCUUUGUUAUUUAUAAUAGAAAGCUAAAUUUUAAUUUUUUAAAGGACACUGCUAAUGAUUGAGAAUCGAGUUUUUAGUUUUGCUAUUUUUUUUAAUUGGUAGAGGAUUUUUAUAUAUUUUUUCCAUUUUGUUGGGUUGUGUCCUUAUUUAUAUAAAUACUUUAUCUGUAAGAGGCAAGGAAGAACCCUUCUUUGCUUUUAAUUAUUGUGGUUGUCAUUGUCCCUAUUUUAUUUCUGGUGUGAUUUAUCUGUCUACCUUCUGAAUGAGAAAAUGUUUUCCUGUAUUUGUACAUUGUCAGAUUCUAUAGUUUCAUAGAUAAUUUAACCAAAUUGCUCUAUGUAUUAUUAUUCUGUGAGUAUAAAGUUCUAUUUUAACGUCUGUAAAUACUUCAGGACUGGCUUCUUUUCUCAAACUCCCACUGGGGAGUUAUUGUUUACAUCACAAAAACUGUAGAAUCUCUAUGCUCAUGUACUGUAAAUAGUGAAGUGAUCUGCUUAUAAAUAAACCUAACAAAUACACUAUGGAGAUUAAAAAGGAAAUACCACCCACAGCCCUGCCCGGGUGUGUCUUUCUUUAUUGGUCUGAUAUGCGCUUGAUGGGGUGGCUCUGGCAACUAAAUGGGGGAAGACAUUCCACUUGCUCAGAAAAGCCCCCAGUCAAAGUUUGCCCCCACCCCACCAAUAUUCUCUGAUCACUUUUAACACACUUUGAUCAGUUCACAACACUUUUGGGGGUUCAUAAUGGCCA